UUGAGACGCGGAUGGCUUCAGUAAUUUUGACACAGAGCUGCUUUAACAUGGGAAGAGAAAGGGAUCUGCGCAGGGUGAAUGCGUGUUGGUCCGCUAAUCCGCGCAACUCUUAGUGGAAAGGAAGCUCUACUCUAACUUUUCAUUACUCCAUUUCUGGGAUAAAGCUGCACUGAUUUGACACGAAUGCGACAUUCUCGAAAUCAGGCUCAAUCCGCAGUAAUCCUGGCUGAUGGUGCAUGAAGUAACACGGCAAGCUUUCGCCUCCCGCUGCGGCAAAUUAGCGGCGAGCUUUUUGACACGUCAAACGCGCGUCGCGUAUCCGGCGGAGCUCGACAGGCUAGAAGCGAUCUGCCCGGGCCACGCCGGUCUCACCACUCUGAGGCGGAGAAAUGUGCUUACUCGGCUCGGCGACAAGUUCUACUACAACAGUUUCCACGAUGCAGAUCAGGGCGGCCUAGAAUUCAAGUUGAGCUGGAAGGAAGCAACAGACUGGUGUCAGCGGCACGCCAUGGAAUUAGUCAGCGUCGAGUCGCAGGCCGAGCUGCUCCUUUUGCGGGACGACCUGCUCCGCUUCACGGCCAAUCUGACGUCGCCCGUGCCGUUUCUCUACUGGACGAGCGGACAGCGUGUCGGCGGCGAUGAUUUGUGGCGCGUCGAGAUCGGACAGGUGGUGGCGGACAGGUUCAGGUGGACCGGCACGCGCGACUGGAUCAGGCAGGCCCAAGUGUACAAAUCCACUAAGCCGGGGGACUGCGUCGCCCUCAAUACGUACCACGCCUACGUCAAUUCGGAGGAGCGGAUUAAGACGUACGCCAGACAUUGCGACAAACGGUCCAGCUUCAUCUGCGAGCUCGAGAGGCUGAUUUGUCUCGACGAGUGAGGGAGUGCGUGAGUGAGCGAAUAAAACACACGACUGCGUCCGAUCGAAAAGCAAAAUUUUUAUUUGCAGACGAAAUAAUGUCAAAAAUACAAUCAUAACCUGGCGAAUAUGUCUCUAUGGACAUUUUACACAGUGGAGGUAUUUGGUAUGUGUUCAUUCUCUGCUUAAAAAUUUACUCGUCUCCUGCCUGACAAAGCCGGGAAACAAUAAAUUUAAUGUUCGCUAAUUAAUUAUUUACGUUAGUGGAUCACAGAUACUAUUUUUUUCAAAAUGUAAUAAUACUAUUUUAUAUAUAUUAUGCUUAUGUUAGUAUUUUAAACAUCUAGGAAAAUUGCUCGUGAAAGAUUUAUGAGGACUUGCUUCCUUGCUGAUUGAUACAGAUUAUCAAGACUCUCAAUCUACUACACAACAAGAGAUAUUAUUCAUUAUCGUAGCUUCAAUUAACUGCAAAUGUAUGGAUAAUGUAAUUGGUUUUUCACGUAGCAUCAUUGAAUAUUUUCCCUUGUUUCUUUUCAAUCAAUUGAAUGAAUAAAUUGUGAAAAAAUAUAUAGAUAGA